AUGCAGUUAGUUCCAAACAGCGGUCCUGUGGUUCAGUCGGACGCCGUCCUGUCGCGGCUCUGGCACCAUCAACAGAACGGCUCUGUAGAUUACGAACGGGUCACUAAGUCCGAAAACUUCGUCAUCAGCGUCGUCAACCCUCGGCCCUGGUAUCGCGUCGGACGUCACCUGUCCAUCAAGAUCGUUGCCAUGGAUACGAGAGGACGACCGAAGACGUACGGAGGGGAUUUUAUCCGAGCUAAGGUGUACAGCCGAUCCCCUGUACAGGCUAGCACGUCUGGUAAAAUCACCUACUUCGGAAACGGGACCUACGUGGCGAACUUCUUCCUUAGUUUCCCGGGAGAACUCUCGGUGGCGGUCAAGUUGGUACAUUCCAGCGAAGCCGUGCAGGUCUUGAGAAGAUUGCAGGACAUUUCCGUUGUCAGACGCAUCAUGGUUUGUGGCUUCCAGGAGGAAAACAGCGACGUCACUGAGUGGAUGCAGUGUUCCAAUACCCCCCAACAGAGCCUCAGUUUGCGCGAUGUGUGCGACUUUUCCAAACCGCGUCUGAACGCGUCGUUCUACUGCCAACGCCCGAGGGAGAGUUCCUGCAAGUCUUUCCUGGGCUGUCACCGUGACCACGUCAGCACAUUGGAGAUGCACGAUAAGAUAGCGACUGAGGAGGAAAAAAGGCUGUUUCCCAGAGAUCGGGAUUUACUAGAAGAGAUACCACGUAACAUCAGUCUUCAGGUGAAAGGAAAGCGCCGUUUGCGGAAAAUGCAGGGAAAACGGUUGCCCCUUUGCGGCCCUCGGUUGCCCCAGACGGCGUCGGAAGGCUACUGGUUCAACGGGACUUGGACCUCGCUGCGAUGCCAGGCGCGAAGAUUUCGUACCAUCGAGUCGGUCGCCGGAUGCCUGCAGAACAAGACUCUAUACACCCUCAUGAAACUCCUUCCUCUUCAACCACGAAACCAGAUGCCACUGAUGAACGGAAACGACAUGGGUUACGUCGCGGAAGAAUUAGACGGCAUCGCCGGUGGACGAGACGUUGUCAUCCUCCUAACUCUGUGGGCUCACUUCAUGGCCGAGCCCAUUCUGACGUUCCGAUCGCGGCUUUACGGCAUUCGACACGCCAUACAGCGACUCCACAGCCUCUAUCCAGACACUACAGUCAUCUGGAGAACCCCCAACACCGGGCACCACCAUCAGUUCCAACACUUCGUGGAGAAUGGCGACUGGUACGCCUAUCAGCUGUUUGAUAUAGUCUAUGAAAUCCUCGGAGAUCUCAACAUUUCCAUCAUCAACGUCAGAGACAUGUCGGAAUCUAUGUGGCACGAUGACGACAUGCAUCCGCCUAAUGACGUCAUCGAGAACCACAUCGACCUGGUACUAUCGCACAUCUGUCCGGUGUAAAUGACACUGUCAGAGAGAGAAUGGUUUAUUCCACAUAAAAAAACCUUUGCAGCACAAGUGCUGAAUUGCGGUUUCCUUACACAAAUACGUAGUUUAAU